AUGUCACUAUGUGCCAAGGACGCUGGCUCCAGCGCAGAUUUCGAAGAGACCUGGACCUUUGAUUCAAAUGACAGCCACUCCGAUAUCACAAUCAAAGUGCACGAUGCCAGACAUCUGAAGCUUGAUGAGACUCUGGCGGAAGGCGCGUUCAAGUUUGAGCAGAGGCCUGGUUACUUCUACACUGGCGAAGUGGGGCUUGUUGACGAGAAACACGGCGAUGAGCCAUCUGUCAGGUUGACUGUGAAGUGUGAGUAA